CGGAAGUCCGUACUGCCGCUUGGCCGCGGGGCGCUCGGCUCAGCGGCUUCUGCGGGCUACCAGGAGCGGGAUGUUGCGGGCUGGGUGGCUCCGGGGCGCCGCGGCGCUGGCGCUGCUGCUGGCGGCCCGAGUGGUGGCGGCGUUCGAGCCCAUCACCGUGGGCCUCGCCAUCGGGGCCGCGUCGGCCAUCACCGGCUACCUGUCCUACAAUGACAUCUACUGCCGCUUCGCCGAGUGUUGCCGCGAGGAGCGGCCGCUCAACGCUUCGGCUCUCAAGCUGGAUUUGGAGGAGAAGCUGUUUGGACAGCAUCUGGCCACGGAAGUGAUUCUCAAGGCCCUGACUGGCUUCAGGAACAACAAAAAUCCCAAGAAACCUUUGACCCUUUCCUUACACGGCUGGGCUGGCACAGGCAAGAAUUUUGUCAGUCAAAUUGUGGCUGAAAAUCUUCACCCAAAAGGCCUGAAGAGUAACUUUGUCCACCUGUUUGUAUCGACUCUGCACUUCCCUCAUGAACAGAAGAUAAAACUGUACCAGGACCAGUUACAGAAGUGGAUCCGCGGUAAUGUGAGUGCAUGUGCAAACUCUGUUUUCAUAUUUGACGAGAUGGAUAAAUUGCAUCCCGGGAUCAUUGACGCAAUCAAGCCGUUUCUAGACUACUACGAGCAGGUUGACGGAGUGUCUUACCGCAAAGCCAUCUUCAUCUUUCUCAGCAAUGCAGGCGGGGACCUUAUAACUAAGACAGCUCUUGACUUUUGGCGGGCCGGAAGAAAGAGGGAAGACAUUCAGCUGAAGGACCUGGAACCUGUACUGUCUGUUGGAGUCUUCAAUAAUAAACACAGUGGCCUGUGGCACAGUGGACUGAUCGACAAAAACCUCAUUGAUUACUUUAUCCCCUUCCUGCCUUUGGAGUACAGACAUGUGAAAAUGUGUGUAAGGGCCGAGAUGAGGGCCCGUGGCUCUGCUAUAGAUGAAGACAUUGUCACAAGAGUGGCAGAGGAAAUGACGUUUUUCCCCAAAGACGAGAAAAUCUACUCAGACAAGGGCUGCAAGACCGUGCAGUCGCGGCUUGAUUUCCACUGAGCUCCUAUCUGGCUGGGGUAGGAGGCAGCUGGGACGCUCCGCACAGCAGAGGCCUUGCCUUGCAGAAGAACCCUGAAGACCGCUUUGGGGUUUUGCCUGUUUGCACCUUAGAGUUUGGGGAUAUAGAAUCUCUUUGUUGAGACAGGGUCUCGCUCUGUCAUCCAAGCUGGAGUGCAGUGGUGCAAUCCUCAACUCACUGCAGCCUCCACUCCCAGUUUGAGGGAUUCUCAUGCCUCGGCCUCCCGAGUAGCUGGGAUUACAGGCAUGAGCCACGGUGCCCGGCUGGGAUCUAGAAUCUAAGAGUUGAUUUUGGAAAACACGUGAAUCUAUUGCGUGCAUUUGUCAUUUUGCAAGAUGACAGCAUCAACAGCCGUCCAGCUCUUCUUUGCAGCUGAAGAUGAACUUUUAAAAUCCCCUUCACACUUAAUGUACUGACCGUGACAGAAGUGCCUGAAAACAGCUGUACAUGGCAGGCCUGGCAAUGGUUUCUGACUCACAGCACCCGCACCUCAGAAGCUACUGUCAGCACUAAAGGAGUCCAGGAAGCUGCUGCAGGCUGAGGGGCACUGGCUUCCCACCGGCAGGCUGGGGAACGCUGGGCUCUUAUUGGCCGAAAACAUCCUUUUGCUCUGUUUCGUUCUUUUUUUGUUUUUGAGACAGAGUCUC